AAUCACUACAAACAAUGGAAGAAAGACGCGAAUUACUUUCUCGGCGGCGUGUUGGACCCAUCGAAAAAGGCUUUACGUCGGAGCGCCAAGAAAGCAGUUUUUGGCCCGUUUGAAGUUUUGGUCGAUAACACAUUGUAUGGACGCGACCUCACGAAGAAAAGUGACGGGCAAAUAGGAGGAGUGCAAAAUAUAAUUAUCUCAGAUCCGGAAUACUCGGAUUUACGAGCAUUGGAGGCACAUAAAAUUAAUGAUUUGGAAGAUAUGAUUUCCAAGUUCUUCCAGUUCCGGAGUGCUAUGAUAGAAGAAGUUAUAUAA